AUGACAUCCGUGGAUCUGACCGUUCGGUCCAGUCCUGGUCCUAACCCAGGUCCUCACAGCGUGACACAGUGGCAACUGAGCGGGACAGACUACCAACCCCAGUCGGCCCUGAUGCAUCGCAGCUCGUUCACAGGGACAGCCGACAACCGCUUCAGUGCCUGGACUCCCAUCACAAACAAGACCACCAACCACCAGGUCAGCCAAUUGUUUGAGGAGCGGACCACCCUGGUGCUUCACUGGUUUGACCUUUGGACUGACCGCCAGAGAAAACUCUUCCUGCAGGCGCUGCUGUCACAAUGCACCAGGUCCCAGCUCAAGUCCUGCAGGGAUUGGCUGAUGCAGAUCGUGCCGGUGACGCGCGUGGACUUCACCUCCGUGUUGCCACGGUUCCUGUCUCUCUAUGUGAUGUCAUUUCUGACCCCUCGUGACCUCUGCUCUGCCGCACAGGUCAGCUGGCAUUGGAGGGUCCUGGCUGAACAGGACUGUCUUUGGUCGGCGAGGUGUGUGCGCCGGGGCUGGUUCCUGCCCUAUAAUCCAGGGGACAGAGAGUAUGGUGGGUGGAAGAGCCACUAUGUGUCCUGUGUGUCCACUCUGGACUGGCUGACACCCAGAGAGGCAGCACAAACGUACGGCACCCUCAACAUGCUCUGCUCCGGAGAGAGGGAGGAGGAGGAGGAGAGACUCAGGGAGAGGAGGAUCAGACAAACCAUCCGGGAGAGAGUGGAGGAGCAGAAGAGAGCUUCGCUGACGUCCAGACCAGCCUGGAGGAGCAACAGCAACAGACCAGGGAGAAUAGUGGUCAGCCGUCCCCAGGGAGAGAGGCUGGUGCCUGGGAGAACGAGGAGCGUUCAGCCCUCUCCCCCCUGGUUGUUAGACAGGACGGGACGUGUCUGUUUAACCCCUGACGUCAGCCUUAACUUGACCCCCACUCUGACCCUGGAGAAGAGCCAGCUCUCCAGCCAUGUGAGGUCCCAGGCCAUGGGGGACAGUGUGAACAGAGGAGGUUGGCCCACUUCCACCAGUAGCAGACCCAGAGCCUCUUCCUCUCUCUCUCCAUCACCACCUCUUCUGCUGCUGCUGUCCAACAGGAUACCUGCCUACGAGUUGGUCCUGUGUGGUGUGAGAGUAGGAGUGGUGGUGGUUCUAUAUGACCACAGAGGGACCCUCCAGGCUCUGUUAUCCCAGGCAGAGAGGGCUCUGGGUGGGCAGCGAGCUCAGAGACUUGGGGUGCUGGCUCCUGGAGGUACGGAGGAGAUUACUUUGCUGCAAGGCUACAAGGUGACAGAGAAGAGUGUGCUGACCCCGGACUACAGGGAAUUCUGGGAGAAGCUGUGUGGCUGGGUCGUUCUACCUGAGGAGGGAGGAGGGGUGGACAUCUUCUGUCCCCUCGCAGCGUCUGCCAGAGGAGUGCUGCUGGUCCAGUCUCUGUCUAAUCUGACAGGGCUAGAGGUCUCAGCUCCUACUGGGAUGGCCACCGGAUGCUUCCAGAACAUCCUGAGUGAGUGGUCAUGUAACAGUGGUGACUGGACCGGGGUUAGCAGUGUGUGUGCGUCCCCCCCCGCCCAGCGCUACGUGUGUGAGGGUGUGUUACAGGGAUGGAGCUGGCAGACCCAGUGGCUGGAGGAGGCUCUAGGAGCCCUUAGGGACCAUCUGGGGCCACAACUACCACGACUGAGUCUGGACACCAGGGGACGAGUACUGGGUCAGUUUCUAUGGGAGGCGGUAGCUCUAGAUAAUCUGAGUGUCUCUAAGGAGGUGACUGUAGCUCUGACUGAGGGUCUCACAGCACUGGCAGCAGAGGAGACCAGACCUCUGGAGUUCCUCUCUCUCUUCCUGAGACGUUGGGGGGAGAAAAGGAAAGAUAUAAACGGAGGAGAGAAGAGAGGAGUGGAGGAAGGAGAGGAGAGAAGAGGAGAGGAGACAGGAGGAGGAGAGAGGAGCUCUGUGUUUCUGACAGAGAGGGGUCCACACAGACUCCUCAGUCCUAUCCCAGAGAUACAACAGGUGUGUGUGUGUGUGUUGGUGAGGGAGCUGUAUAUCAGUGAGUGUGUUUAUGUGAGGCUGGAGUCAGUGAUGAGGGUCUACCACGAUCCCCUGCUGUCAGCUCUUCAGUCUAACAGAGCCAUCCUCGAGUGGCGUGGUGUAGUGGUGAGGGAGCUGUAUAUCAGUGAGUGUGUUUAUGUGAGGAGGCUGGAGUCAGUGAUGAGGGUCUACCACGAUCCCCUGCUGUCAGCUCUUCAGUCUAACAGAGCCAUCCUCAGCUCCGCCCACAUCAACAUGGUCCUCACACCUGUAGCACACAUACUGGACAUCAACAGGUUGUUUCUAUCAGAACUGGGGUCUAGAUUGCAGCAGUGGGAGGCUGAUCAGUGUGUAGCUGAUGUGUGUGUGAAAUUCUGCUCCAAACUCAGAGUGUACACCAACUACCUCAACAACUACCCUACUGCCCUACUCACCAUAGACAAGGGAAGUACAAUCUCUCUCUCUCUCUCUCUCUCUCUCUCUCUCUCUCUCUCUCUCUCUCUCUCUCUCUCUCUGUCUCUAUCUCUCUCUGUCUCUAUCUCUCUCUGUGUCUCAUUCUCACUCCCCUUCACACACAGGUGUUUGUGUAUUGUAUGUGUGUGUUUUGUGUUGCAGUGCAGAGAGAUGUACCCUGCUUUCCGAGCUUUCCUAAAGAGACAAGACAGAACCCUGGAGACACACAUGCUGAGUCUGCAGGAGCUGUUGCUGUGUCCAGUGUGGCGUAUGGAGGAGUAUGUAACUCUGCUGCAGGCGCUGUCUCUACACACAGUCUCUCAACACUCCGAUCACACACAGCUGUCUGGCGUAUUGGACAAACUCACACACUACAGGGACUUCAUACGCAAGCUGAAGAGGAACUCAGAGAAAGCCACAAGGAUGCAGGAGACCCAGCGACAGAUCCGGGGCUGUCCAAACUUGUGUGAGGGGGCAGACAGCUAUGAUGACAUCACAGCCUCACUCAGGAUGUAUGAACACGUUUCUGAUGUGGGUCUGUUCUUGUUCAACGACGCAAUGGUUCUGACCGAGAGGAAUGUGUGUCACCGACCCUUCACACACACACACUGCGACACACACACCUUCCUGGCCUCUGUCGCCCUGCACAGCCUUACCCUCAGAGAGAUCACAGACACGCGCUAUGUGUGUCAUGGGUUUGUCCUGGAGGGUCCUAGUCGUGUGUGGGUUUGUGCUAUAGAGAGAGAGGAGGACAAGGAGAGGUUCCUUUGCACCCUGCGUUCAGCCAUACACACUGCCAUCACAGAAAGUUAGGGUAGAGAACACCACCAUAGACAAGGGAAGUAGUCUCUCUCACUCACUCACUUGCAUGCACGCACACACGCACACACACAACAGUUUAGCCAGAUCACACUUGAAAAAGAGGGUUUUGACCUCAUUGGGACUUCCUGGUUUGAUACAAUCCGUCAUUCUUCAAUCAACCACUAGGUGGUAGGAAAGAGGAUUUCUGCAACCAGAUAGUAUGAGUCCCCAUAGAUGGCCAAGCUCCAAGGUUAAAUUUGACUGAAUUGAAAAAAAUAUAUAAAACAUGUUCUUGAUAUAAGGUUAGCAGUGUGUUUAGGUUUAAGGUUAAAAUCACAUUUUAAGAACAUAUUGUAGAACUACACAGGGUUUCUGACUAGACAGAGUUCUAAAAUAUAGGGAUGACCUGAGAGUAACUUGGCCAGAUAGUGAUGACCUGAGAGUAACUUGGCCAGAUAGUGACGACCUGAG